AUGCAACUCCUACCAAUUGUAUUUUCUUUAGCUUUUACGAUUGGUAAGGUUUGGGGCACAAAUGAAUGCAUUCAGUUUGAAUAUUAUCGGGAGGUAUCGGCCCCAGAUCCUAUUCAGGUGAUAUCUACCCACUCAGGAACGUCUAGAGAAGAACUUUUUGGAUUGUGUGCUCCAAAGUGUUUGAGAAACAUUGAAUGUAACGCGUUUGACAUUUGUUACGGGAGUUUACAGUGUAGAACGAUCAGAGGCUGGACCCCGACUGGUUCUGUUGGUAAUGCUGAAGAUUUAUGUCAACGCCAUCAUAUUGAAUGUGAAGAAGGAUAUUUUUAUAACAGAGCACGGGGAAGGUGCACCAUUCAUGAUGGCCAAGGAAGGAGGUAUUAUCUUAAUGUCGCUCAGUAUGAAACCAAAAAUCACAGAGGAAGUGACAUGAAUGACUAUGAUGCAUCUUCAGCAAGAAUAUAUGAAAUACCAGGUGAUGAGAAGUGUCCAGUGUCUAGUCUGGAGAAAUACCUCGGAAAGCUGAAUCCAAAUUGUGAAAGUUUUUUGGCAGAGACCGAAGCGCCAUAUCAACGAUUCAGAUGCUAUUUGUGUGAUUUUGAGACCGGUGAAACAUCAUGUUUUUUGUUCGAAUCAACAGGAGAUUCAUUCGAUUGGACACAAAAGUCGGGUAGUACAGGCUCUGCUGGCACUGGUCCAAGUUCAGCUUACUCUGGAACUUACUACAAAUAUAUUGAAACCUCUUCUUAUUCCGACGGAUAUACAGCCAUUUUACAAAGCACCAAAACCUUCGAAGAUAAGACCUACUGCCUAACUUUGUACUACCAUAUGUAUGGAGAUUCCAUAGAAAGCCUCGCCGUACAAACACAGAAAGGUAGCGAGGCCGUCGUUACUCAUUGGACGAAGUCUGGUAACCAAGGCAACACCUGGCACCAAUUAUCCGGAGUCAGUCUCCAUCUGGACUCGCAAACUAAGAUUUUAAUUAAAGCCAUUCAUGGCUCAUACUUUACCGGUGACAUCGCCAUAGACCUUGUGGAACUUUGGCCGUAUGCUUGUCUGUAA